AUGGCUGCUGGUGUUGCUGAGAACCCGCACAUUGGGUCCAUCACGUACCUGAAAUCGUACCCUCGAACGGAGGUCGCACAUGGACUGCUUCACGAUAUAUACAAGUCCAUCUCGUAUCUGAUGCGGGAGAACCAUCUCAAAGUGCAGACUCUUGCUGAAUUCUACCCUAAGAACGGUAACCUACUUGGGUUGAACGUCAACGCGGGACAGAAGAUCUUGUUGCGGCUGAGAUGCCCUGGGGAUCCGCAGAGUUUCCUACCUCGCGACCAGAUCAUGCAGGUGAUGGUCCACGAGUUAACCCACAACAGGGUGGGCCCACACAACGCGGCGUUCAAGAAACAGAUGGCAGAGUGGUGUGGAAGACAGUACGUGAUAGAGACUUUGGGGCUUGUAGACUGUUUUCUCGGUCAGGGCAGGAAGCUUGGCGGGGUCCAGGGGAAAGCCAGAAUACGGCAUGAUUCAGGUCGGAUCAGAAAGCAAAGGUUAAUGGCAAUGGACACAAGAAAGCUGGGCAAUGGCAGUGCAAGUUCCAAAGAAUCUACACACUCUGCAAGAGAGAUGGCUGCAAAGGCGGCUUUGUCUCGACUUGACAGGGGAACGGUAACAAAAAUACCGAGAUUCACAAUGGUCGAGAAGAUCGAUGAUACAGAUGCACAAGUCGAUGUAGAGGAGGUUCUGGAGUUGCACGGUCACAUGGACACAGUCAACGAAGAUAUCAUUGUCCUAGACGAUGAUGAUGAUGAUGAUGGCAACGAAAACGGGGGAACACAGAAAAGCACACCACAAGAGAUCAUUGAUUUGACUUGA